AUGUUGACAUGCGUAAAAACUACACUUCCCCAAAGCUGUCACAGAGCGCUUCCGCCUCCCAUUGGCUGCUCGCUCCAGCCGCAGCCCCAGAGAAUGAAUGAAAUUGAAAUAGCUGCUACAUUACAUGUACAAUACCGGGCUCUGCAGUGUUGCAUUCUAUCAUACUAUAUCAAAAUGGCCACAGCGGUACAGAACCCCCUCAAAUCGCAAUCUGGAGGUGCAGUCAUCAAGAACAGUCUUGGAGAGGAGUUUUACAAGGAGGCCAUUGAACACUGUCGCAGCUACAAUGCCCGUCUGUGUGCCGAGCGCUCCAUGCGUCUCCCCUUCCUGGACUCCCAGACCGGUGUGGCCCAGAGCAACUGUUACAUCUGGAUGGAGAAGAACCACCGUGGACCGGGUCAUGCUCCAGGUCAGUUGUACACAUAUCCUGCUCGCUGCUGGCGUAAGAAGAGACGGCUAAACAUCUUGGAGGACCCACGGCUUGUACCGAUUGAGUUCAAGAUCGACUAUGAGGCUUCUCUAAAGAAGGAGGGGGGUAUCCCGGAUGGUCCUGUGCUGGAGUCGCUGCUCGCCGGGGAAACCCUGGACAAGAAGGUAGAAACCAAGGAAGAAGAGCCAAUGAGCGAGUGUCAGAAGUUGCUUGUUGGGGAUUUCCCUCACGAGCUGGAGGUGGACGAGAUGGAGGAAGACGUACCGAAGCGGAAGAACCGUACCAAAGCACGGGCCUACGGUGUCGGGGGCAUGAGAAAGAGACAAGAACUGCCUGCCAUUGAAGACAGAGACAAGCCUUACGUCUGUGACAUCUGUGGAAAGCGCUAUAAGAACCGCCCAGGGCUGAGUUACCAUUAUACUCACACCCAUCUGGCAGAUGAGGAGGGGGAAGAAGACUCAGAGCGACACACACUACCCUUCCAGCGCAAGAACAACCACAAGCCCAAGAAAGCAGCGGACGGUUCAGUGAUCGCCAAUGGCUACUGCGACUUCUGCCUCGGAGGCUCAAAGAAGACCGGCUGUCCCGAAGACCUCAUCUCCUGUGCGGACUGUGGACGCUCAGGCCACCCAUCCUGUCUGCAGUUCACAGUGAACAUGACGGCUGCGGUGAGGACUUAUCGCUGGCAGUGCAUCGAGUGCAAGUCCUGCAGCCUGUGCGGCACCUCUGAGAAUGACGACCAGCUGUUGUUUUGUGAUGACUGUGACAGAGGCUACCACAUGUACUGUCUGAGCCCGCCCAUGUCUGAACCACCAGAGGGGAGCUGGAGCUGUCAUCUGUGUCUGAGACAACUGAAGGAGAAGGCCUCAGCCUACAUCACCCUCACUUAA